UGUAGAGAAUAAUGAGAGGGUCCGACACGAGAGACUUCCACGUGCAUACUGCCUGCAAGGGGAAUUCAACAUACCUUAGCAGUAUAAAUAGUGCAUCUCUGUUAUCACCUUUAAUAGUGGCUGUUAGGUCUCAAGUGUGCUUCAUACCUCAUUCGUGUCAACUCAUGCACAAAUAUUAGGAUGGUACACAAAUCAAACAAAAGGCAUGUGCUCCUAACACUUCAGAGCCUGAAGUUGCUGUUGUUUUUCUUUAUUUAUAUGCAUUUUAUAUUUAAUACAGAGUUGGGAUUAAACUUAAAAUCAUGGACAUACGUAAAUUAGGUUUUGCCUUAAUUAUGUUGUAAUAUGUUACACGUAUAUUCAGUGACACUGCAUGUAAGAUGUAUUUUGUAAAAACGUCAAGGGUGGCCGCAGGGUGGCGUAUUGAGGGGUGGGCAUCACUGUGUGGAAAAAUGUUAUCCCCCGCUUACAUUAAAGACAUUAUACGGGCUGUAGACGAUCGUGGUGUACAAUACAUGUUUUUUCAACGUUAUACAGGGUGGGCCAUAGGUUUCCAUACAAAACAAAUGCUGACAAACAAACAGGCAAGCGAGCGCCAUGAUCCAACUAAGUGCGCUCUCAGACGGCAGGCUGUAGCCAAGAAGAGUUGCUAGCGGCAGCCUCAUCUUAGGUGUCUGCCCUGUAUUUGAUCAGGAAAUGUGCAAAUUCAAUGAUUUUCACUUAACAAAACGUUUUGAAUCAUACAGAAAAUAAAUGUAGAAUUGUUUUAUUUGAUUAAUUUUAUUGUUAUCAUUAUUCAUAGUGUUAUUUUGUUAUCAUGACUGGUCAGACUUUCCCUCCCUUGACCGCACGUCACUGUUAGUAACUACAGUGACUUUUUAAAGUGAUUUGCCACACUAAUUCGUGCAAUUUUGAGGAUGUUUUAUAAAAAAAAAAAAUACACUGGACGAGCAGUAAGAAGGAAUAUAUCUGACCACUGACCUCAGCUACCUCAAAUAAAAAGGUAGUCCAUUCCGCUCAUAUUUAUACACUUGCCAUUGUUCCUCACUUAAAUAAACAUGCCCCUCCUCAGUACUACUUUAUCUCCUCCCAUUUUCUUCCUCCACAGUCAUCAUCACUUACUUGUUCUCUUCCUUCCAUUAGAGUUUAGCGUGCUGUGAAGUUCGGUUGCGGCAUUUUCUCUUUGCAAGAUGUCCUGGAGUCAGGUCUUUGCUCUGUCUUUCUUCGCCACCCUGCUCAUCCUCACUUUUUCCAGUGUUGGUGAAAGUGCAGCAGUGCGUGAUGCGUCAACGGCAGCUGAUGUCAAAGAGGGAGCUCGGAGGGUCUUCAUGCUUGAGGCAGACGCUGCCAACUUCUUUAAACGCCGCAGUCGCCGCUCAGUGAGCUACUAUGAACAGCUGGCUGAGCAGAGGGUGCAGCGGGCCAACACCGAGCGCUGGAGGGAGCACAAUGAGGAGCGACGGAAUGAGUACGAGAACUACGCCGAAGAGGACCGUGACGAGCAAACUGAAAGAACGAGGGAGAAAAACGAGCAAAUUCGAGAGUAUCAUUACGACGGCCUUUAUCCUCGAUAUCACUGGUUUCACUAGUGUGGCAUCAACUGUGCCAUGAAGGCCUUUUUUGUUUAAAGCGAACCAUCCAUUUUGAUACAGCUUCAAAUGUUUUUGUUGCCUUAGAAACAGGGAGUUUGUAUUCUGCAUUGUAUACCUCUGCAGUGUUUAAUUGUAUACGUCACAAAAAUAAAGGGAACACUAUG